CGCUCCAAGCUCCCUGCCAGAGAGCCCCGACGUCAGACCGCCAUCCAGCCGCUCACCGUCCUGCUCCUGCCGCUGCUGCCGCUGAGCGGAGUGUGGUCCCGGGUCUCUUCUCCUCCACCUGCGUGGGUUGCUCCACGGACCGGCCUGGGACUUCUGAUUGUUUUAUUUUUUUAUUUUAUUUUUUAUCACCGGGUUGGGGGACGUUCAGUCUGCUGCGAGCUUUCCACUCCAGCUGCCCUUCAAGACAAAUGGAGAAAAUGGCCAGACCUCUUCCCAUGAACCCAACUUUCCUGCCGCCGACGCACGGCGUACUGAAGUCCCUGCUGGAGAACCCGCUGAAGCUGCCGUUUCACCACGAUGAAGGAUUCGGGAAGGAGAAGGAGAAAGAGAAGAAGCUGGACGAUGAGAGCAGCGCCGCCAGCCAUCCGCAGUCCGCCUUCCUGGGCCCCACCCUGUGGGACAAGACCCUGCCGUACGAUGGUGACAACUUCCAGCUGGAAUACAUGGACCUGGAGGAGUUCCUGUCAGAAAACGGCAUCCCGGCCAACACGGCUCAGGGCGAGCAGGCGGCCCAGCCGUCCCAGGCGCCCCUGCAGCAGGUCCCGCCGCCCCCGCCGCCCACUCCCUCUGUGGUGGACCUCAGCAGCCGCGCCGGCGUGUCGGCUCACGCGGCCGUGCCGCCCCAGACCUGCCGGCACAGCCCCAGCACCACAGCGCUGCCUUCAGCCAGAGACACCCCCAGUCCCAUCGACCCAGAGUCCAUCCAGGUUCCGGUGACGUACGAGCCGGACCCUGCGGACUUGGCCCUGUCCAGCGUUCCUGGUCAGGAGAUGUUCGACCCCAGGAAGCGCAAGUUCUCUGCUGAGGAGCUGAAGCCGCAGCCGAUGAUCAAGAAAGCUCGGAAGGUCUUCAUUCCUGAGGAUCUGAAGGACGAUAAGUACUGGGCCCGGCGCAGAAAGAACAACGUGGCGGCCAAGCGCUCGCGGGACGCCCGGCGCCUCAAAGAGAACCAGAUCGCCAUCCGGGCCGGCUUCCUGGAGAAGGAGAACGCCGCCCUCCGCGUCGAGGUGGCAGACUUGAGGAAGGAGCUGGGCCGCUGCAAGAACAUUCUGGCUAAAUACGAGGCCCGACACGGGCCCCUGUGAGCCCCCCCCCCUUCCUCCUCCUCUGACCCUUCAAACAGAGACCCGCUGUCCCAGAACCUCCACCACCCCUGCAGUUUGAAGGACAAUGGUGGCGCCACCCUCUUUUUCCAGCACACCUGUCUGAUUCUGGUGUUUUAUCACAAGCUGCAUCUCAUCGGCUCCUCCUUUGAUUUCUGUACACAGUUUGACUAAAUAUAAUAUAUCUAUAUUUACACGUGCAUCCUUCCCACUGCGAGGAGUAAUGACCCCCCCCCCCCCCCCAGCGCCACUUUCAUACCGAUUUUUCUACGUACGAUCAGGACCCCCCACCUGUAGGACUCUUGAUGUUUCCUCCCUGCUGGUAUUUUGACGUUCUGAUAGAAGUAACCAUUUUUUUUUCUGUGUAAUCGACAAAUAGUUUUGCUUUUUUUUUAUGUUAAUAUUACGUUAUUUUUGAGCAAUAAUUUCAGCCGUGUUUCCCUCGCCGCCCCUUGAAGCCCACGUUCGUUAGCUUCUGCACUAACACGCGUCUCACAAUCAGAUCCGGUGCAACGUUUCCACCCACUUAAGGAAAACCCCUCAUAUUUAUCUCCCUUUUAUUUCUCAGAUGGAAGAUUGUUGUUUUUAUAUCUAUAAAUGCAUAUAAAUCUAUAUAUUCUGUUGAUAUAAUUGUUAGUAUUAUUACUACUGGUCGUUUAGCCUCCUUCUUUUCAGUUUGAAGCAUGAUUUCAUGAUUGGAUUAUUGGUUUCUUUCAUUUUUGGAGCAGUUCUUGACGAUUCUUUGGAUUCUGCUUGACUUGGCAUGACUAGUCCGAGUGUUUCUAUUUUAUUUUAGGAUCCGGAUACAGAUGUUUGUCUGUAGUGUCUCUGUAGCUGUGUUUGCCCUCUUUUCAAAGAUGGCUGUUUUGAAUGUAAAAGAGAAAGAAGGAAAGGUUGGAUGGUGUUGUCCAAUACUGUGGUUAACCCAGGCGGUUUGUUUCCUGCAGACUAAACCAUUAUAUCGAUUAAGAUAAGAGAGAUUUUUCUAUCGAUCUAUAUGUUGUUCCUGUUUUGUACAGUAUUUUUCCAGUAUACAUAUAUAUAUAUAUACACAAUUGGUGGAUUGUGGAUUUUAAAGGCACAACAGGUCCAGAGAAUUAUUAAAAAUGUGUUUUAAUAAAAAAAAGUAUAAAAAUGUAGAGGUAUUUUGAUAUUCUAUGUGAGGGAACUGGAAGAACCCAAAAUCUUGUGGGCAUUAUUGUAAUUAUCAUCAAGAAUAUCCAGAUUUUAUCGCUCAAACCCAAAAGGAAAAAAAA